GAACCGGCAAAAUGGUAGAAGAGUUGUCAGUGACGCUGCCAGACAAUGUUUUGGAAGUUAUAUUUUCUUAUUUGGACCUUCACGAUCUAAGAAACUGCUCACUCGUGUGCAAGAAUUGGUACAGGUUUUUGAAUGAUGAAAAUAAUGACGUGUGGCGCUUACAUUGCAUAAGAAAAUUGGCGGAGGAAGCCCUUAAGUCAGAUUUACUUUCUUCUGUGCCAACGUAUAAAGCAAAGUUGCGUGCGUUUUAUCAUGCAUGGAAUCCAAAUGACUGUUCGAGGAACGUUUAUAUCAAACCUAAUGGAUUUACACUUCAUCGCAACCCUGUGGCGCAAAGUACGGACGCUGCCAGAGGAAAAAUUGGCUUUAGGCAUGGGAGGCAUGCAUGGGAAGUCAUAUGGGAAGGUCCACUUGGAACCGUAGCUGUAAUUGGAAUUGCAACGAAAGAAGCGCCGCUCCAGUGCCAUGGCUACGUCGCUCUUUUGGGUUCUGAUGAUCAGAGCUGGGGCUGGAACUUAGUGGAUAAUCAUCUUCUUCAUAAUGGAGAUUCGCAAGGAAACUAUCCACUUCUGAACAACGCUCCUAAAUAUCAGGUUGGCGAAAGAAUAAGAGUUAUACUCGAUUGUGAUGAUAAUACAUUGUCAUUCGAAAAAAAUUAUGAGUUCCUUGGUGUUGCUUUCAGAGGUCUCCCAGAUAAAAGACUAUAUCCUUCGGUGUCUGCAGUGUAUGGGAACACUGAAGUUUCCAUGGUCUACCUGGGACCGCCUUUGGAUGGCUAACACAUAGUUAAUGUGACUCAAUCUCUCAGAGGAACCAGAGAUAUGUUGAUGUUUCCCACCAUGAUUCAGUCACUAAACAACUGUUUGUAACUCUCAAGAGUAAUCAGCUGUGAACAAUAAUGUUGUAAAUUCUGGUGACAGUGAUGUAAAGUAUGAAGUUUUUUCAACAGGUCAUUUGCAUUUGACAAAAUGCACUCCAGGUAUUUUACUUACACUCUAUGUUGAAUCUGGCAAUUUUAGAAACAAAACAUGACUAUUGUAUGAAAAUUUAUUGUCUCAGUGCAGUAGAACUUUGUCAGUUCAUUUUACAGAACCACAACAACGCAUCAUCAUCAUCAUCCUCCUAACACAUUGUAUUAUAGAAUGUUUUGUUUUAUUUUGUUAUGUGUGUGUGUGCGUAUCACAUGGUGAGUCCCCCAGAAUGUUUAGUGUAAUAACGCAGGGACAUCAGCAUAAAUCACAGUGUUCAUAAAGCUGCCAGUAUUAAUAGGUUUGUUUUAAAUUUGUUAUUGUUAUAUUAUUGUCUGUGAUUUAGUGUAGUAAGUGUAUUUUUCAAGUCAUAUUCAUGGUACAAAAUAUCUCUGCACUUGAAAUUCUUUCUUUGCAGGCCAUAUGAGUAAUAUGUUAUUAGGAUAGGUCACAUAACAGAAUUUACAACUCACUAUUCAAGGAUUUACAAAUACAAGACACUCAGUGAUAAAAAGAUAAUACCUGUUAUUGCAGAAAAGAGCUUCAGUUUUCAGCAGCAGCACACUUUUCAGGGAAUAUAUUAAAUGUUUUACAAUAAAUUGUAAAUUUUGAAGGAAGAAGAGUAGUAGAAUUUGAUGAUAUGUCGUAUUUAUUUACCCAUGCUUAAUGUAAAUAUAUUGUACUUAAAAAUGUUACUCGGUGCCAUAUGCACAUAUUCUUAUGCCUGUGGAGUAUGAGAUGAAUAUAUUUUUCCUUCCUUUCUGUCAGAUUUCAUAGAUAUUAUGUGAUUGGUUAUGUUAAUUUAAUCCCGUGCUUCCAUGUAGAGAUGUUCACUGUAAAUGGAAUUAUUCUCCUUUUUCAUGUCUGUAAAUCAAAUUCUUGAAGACACACAACUAUUCAUUUUUAAGAACACUGAAACUUGGUGCUUUUUAUAACAUAGGAAUUGGCUUAUAAUAUUUGUAUUAAUUUUUGCUCCACUCUGUUACCAUUAUUCUCAGUGUUGAUACAAAUUAGUGCUUAAAAUUUCGUUCUUUUUAUCCAUAUAUUUCCACAUGGCAGAUCCAGAUAAAUAAUUGAAAUUAAGUGGGAUAGGGGCCAGUUCUGAAGCACAUUAUUUUUGUUGUAAAUUGUCUGCUAAAUCCAGUUGUGUAACAUGUUUGGUUUAUUUUACAAAAGUUAUGAGAAUAUUUGGUUACAAUAUGGAGCAAUUUUUUUGGAUGAGAGCGAAUAUGUUUAGCCACAGAAUACUUCAUAUACAUACAUUUCUUUCUAAUACUCUAGCAGAUACACAUAUUCAAAUUCAAGUAUUAUUUGUCUUUAUGUACUGUUUGUGAACAUCAAGCAAAGCUUACAAUAUCAGUAACUGGUGAAGUCUAUAAAUUGAACAUCUUGGGCACUUCAUUACUGUCUUAAAAUUUUGACAAAAUGUUGUUGACAUCAUGAUCUGGCCCUCAUUCGGUUAUAUAUUAGGUUACUGUAUCCACAAUUGAUUUGACCCGAGGUAUGUGUAUGCAGUUAUAAGUUUUUUAUAUAAAUUACACUGAACUAUUGUAAUUUUAUAGCUGGUUUUAUUGUUAGUUGUUAACUAUGAAAAAUGUAAAAGAAUGUGAUGACUUAAGGUGAGCUAGGCUAUCACAAAUAUAUAAAGACCAUGAAUUCCGCUGACAUCACUUUUUAAUAUAAGGUGAUCCUAUUUCUGGGAAAAAAAGGAAUGCAGUCCCAUUGUUUUUAAUUUGUUUUCCUCUUUGCUGCUCACAUGUGUACCUCACACCCAGUUUUCGUAUUCUUUGAUGUUAGUUACAUGCUUGUGGC